CCGGAAGUUGUGCAGCACAUCCGGGGAUCUUCGCGUGAGCAUGCCCAAAUGAACGCUAAAAUAUUGACCUUCAUUCACUUUUUUUCUAGUCCUAAAAUACAUUUAAUUCCAUUAAUUGAAAGUUUUAAAGUGUUUUGAUCAAAGCACACAACCUUGCCGUUGUGUAGUUUCUUUAUUUUUCUUACGUGUAAUCAUCGCCAUGGCCAUGUUUUGACGGUAAACACAUGGGCCUGACAAGUGGUUGGGAAGGAAAGUAAACAGACGAGCUAUAUUUGAUUGAACUGAACUUGACAAGAAUACGAUUGAGGUAGGCACAAAGAAGAAAGAUGGGAGCAUUUCUAGAUAAGCCAAAGACAGACAAGCAUAAUGAGGGAGGGGUAGGAAACGGACUGAGGUAUGGUCUAGCCAGUAUGCAAGGCUGGAGAGUUGAGAUGGAGGAUGCUCACACAGCUGUUAUUGGACUACCAAGUCUGAAGGACUGGUCAUUUUUUGCCGUCUUUGACGGCCAUGCUGGUGCCAAGGCCUCGGCAAUGUGCUCUGAACAGCUGAUGAAUCAUAUCAUAUCAAAUGGUGACUUUCAGAAAAUGGAUUUAAAAUCUGGCACUGAAACACAGCCCUCAUUAGAGGCUAUAAAAUCUGGUAUUAAAACAGGCUUCCUUAGUAUGGAUGAUAAGUUAAGAAGUACACCGGAAGUGGCAAGUGGUCAGGAUAAGAGUGGUUCUACUGCAGUCGGUGUGAUAAUUUCUCCAACUCACAUUUUCUUUGCUAAUUGUGGAGAUUCUAGAGCGGUUCUAUCAACUUCAGGCAAGUGUGCAUUUUCUACAACAGAUCACAAGCCCAUCAACCCAAUAGAAAAAGAAAGAAUACAAAAAGCAGGUGGUAGUGUAAUGAUACAGCGAGUAAAUGGAUCUCUUGCUGUGUCACGCGCACUUGGCGAUUUUGAAUACAAGAACGUGGAGGGGAUGGGUCCGUGUGAGCAGCUAGUGUCGCCGGAACCAGAAAUUUUUGUUCAGGAGAGAAACCCAGGAGAUGAAUUUCUUGUUCUGGCUUGUGAUGGCAUCUGGGAUGUUAUGACCAACGAGGAACUUUGUGACUUUGUACGCAAUCGACUUCAAAUAUUUAACAGUAUGGAACAAAUUUGUAACCAAGUCAUAGAUACUUGUUUAUAUAAGGGUAGCAGAGAUAAUAUGAGUAUUGUUGUAGUAACUUUCCAAGGAGCUCCGAAAUUAUCAGACGAAGCUAUCAAAAAAGAAGAAGAAUUAGAUGCAAAAAUUGAAGCUAAAAUAAAAGAAUCAUUAUCAGCUGAGGGUAAUGACGAGUCAGGGGAAGCAGAUCUUCCUUAUAUAAUGCAUGUCCUUGGAGAUAUAGAGGGUUUACCACCAGGUGGAGGACUCAGUUCAAAACGUGGCACUGUAGAAGCAAUUUUGAAUAAAUUGCGACCUCCGAAACAGUGUCUGGUAAGAAAUAAAUACUUUGUCUAA